AUGAAAUACCACACGUCUCUCCUGGCCUUGUGUGCCGCCAGUGCCUCAGCAUCUUACACUGCAAAUCUGAACUACCGAAGUCCUUCGCUCAACCAUCCAGACCUAGGAAUCGCAUUAAACAAAGUCAUCAAGAGAUCAAAUUCUAAUGCUCUUUUCGAUCCAUCCAAGCUAAGUUUCACCCAUGGCGUGGCCUCCGGUGACCCGUGGGCAAAUUCGGUCAUUCUCUGGACAAGAUGCGCCCCAACGACUGAAAGUUCAACUGAUACCAGUGCCGUUACUGGCUUCAGUCCAUUGUUUGGCCGUCCCAAGGCCCAUAAAAGUUCAGAGAAACAACAGCCGGGAUCAAAGGCGCCGGUGUGCAUUCAGUGGAAAAUCGCAACGGACAAGGCCUUAACUCAAGUAGCCGAUGAAGGAAUUGCUUACACGGGGUCCGAUAUUGAUUAUACUCUUAAGGUGGAAGCUUCAAAUCUGCACCCAUUCACAACAUAUUACUAUCAAUUUUCCAUCUGUAAUUCGGAUAAAAAGAGCCCUCUCGGCCGCACCAAAACCCUUCCAGAUCCAUCCCAGAAAGUUGACAGUGUUAAGUUGGCUGUUUACUCGUGUGCAAACUAUCCGGCCGGCUUCUUUAAUGCGUACGGAAAUACUGUGCGAAAAGACUCAGUAGACUAUGUUCUCCACCUUGGUGAUUACAUUUAUGAAUUUGGAGACGGCUUUUACGGAUCCGGCAAAGCAAUUGGACGGGUGCCCCAGCCAAAUCGCAUCAUCUAUACUCUCAACCAUUACCGAACACGCCAUGGCUCUUACCGCACUGAUUUAGAUCUCCUUGCUAGCCACCAGAAUUUUGCCUGGAUCCCAGUUUGGGAUGAUCACGAGGUCGCUGAUAAUGCUUAUCGUGACGGUUCAUCUGCUUUGGGAAAUCACGAGCUGUCUUUCCUUGCAUCAGGCGGUGUUUCCGUUGAUCAACGAAAAAUGAAUGCUGUGCGCGCAUACUUCGAGUGGAUGCCGAUUCGACAAGUGGACAUGGAUGAUAACCUUCGCAUUUGGAGAAACUUCCAGGUCGGCCAGCUCAUCGAUAUCAUGAUGCUUGACACUAGGAACUACGACCGCUCCAUUACGGAGCUGUAUUUGAACCACUUUUAUGUUCAGAAAUUGAAAGACGAUGCUAGCCGCACUCUGAUGGGGUCCCGACAAGAGAACUGGUUUUACCGUAAUUUGAAAAAAUCUGCCGACCGCGGUGCUACGUGGAGAAUUGUGGGCAGUCAAUUAGUAUUCUCACACAUGAAUUUGCGCUCUGCAUUUGGUCUCUUCUCAUCUUUCAACUUGGAUGCUUGGGAUGGCUACAGAGCGAAUCGAAACCGCACUUUUGAAACAAUUUACAAUAACAAAAUUAAAAACACCAUCAUGAUUGCGGGGGAUUCCCAUGCUAACUGGGUGAGUGAUUUACAUUGGCAAGACCAUGGAAAUUAUGAUCCAAAAACCGGAGCUGGAGCCGUUGGCGUUGAGUUUGCUGGCUCCGCCGUCACAUCCCGCUCUGCAGGAGGGGCAAAUAUCAAAAUCGAUGGCUCCAUUAAAAAGUCCAAAUCGGCUGUCAAUGACAACGAUGUCCUACAGUGGUCUGAAAUGUACUAUCGUGGAUACUUCGAACUUCAUGUUACCCCACAGGAAGUGCAGGCCAAGUUUUUUGGCAUACCUGAUAUUCGAAAGCGCAACCCCCUUGAGGUGACUUUGGCCAACUUCACAGUGAAAGAGGGCGCUAAUUGUUUGGAUCGGGGCACUGCCGGUCUCCCCGCCGGCGGUGUUGUCGGCAAUGGUUGGCUCAAGGGCGGCAAGGUUGUGAAACCAGAGGUUGCGAAUAACACCGAAACAGGAAAAUGGGAGAAGCUCUAA